AUGGCUUCCUCCUCCGACAUCGUCCCUAACCACGACGUCUCCGGCAUCCACCACUCUCCCGCCGCCGACGACGCUUCUCCGGUCACCGCCCCCAAACUUCCCACGGAGGACACCACCACCACGCCGCUCAGGAGAACGAGGCCGUCACGCGCUUGCACUGUGAGGACGCAGCAGAGGCUCCAGGAGCAGCAAGCCGCGGAGAGGAGGGUGAAACCUCCUAAGAGGGAGUAUAAACGGAAGGAAGUCGAGGAUGCGGAGGAUCAAGAAGAGGAGGAGGAUGAUGAGAGUACUCAGAUGCAAUGCGUUGGAGGAAGCUCAGUGAGAAGCAAAAUCGUUACUUCACUUGUCUCGCCUCCGGAGGCUUCGCAGAUGCCAAGGUGGAAUCUUAGGUCUAUGUGGGAGCUUGCUUCUGUGCUCAACUUCUUGCAUGUUUUUAGACCGCUUUUGAAGAUCAGUGUGGAGUUUUCAGCGGAGGAGUUUGAGACGGCUUUGUUGAAUCCUAACGAUACUUUGAGUGACAUUCAUAUUCCUCUCUUAAAGGCCAUUCCUCCGGUAGCUAGAAUGGCUCUCACUCGUGAUACAUGGAUCACUGUCUUGUGCAGGAAAAUAAGAGAUUGUUGGCAUUGGGUCGCAGAAGGGGACCUUCCUAUUGUUGCCUCGCAAGGGCGGGAGAUUGAAGUGUACAAAUCUUUUGAUCCAGCCACUCGUGUGGUGAUUUUGAAAGCUUUAUGUGAUAUUCGUGUUGAGCAAGAGGAUAUCAAAUGCUACAUUGACAACUCUCUUAAAACCGGUGUUCAUCUGUCAGCUUUUCGCAAAGAUCGCGUUGGGGGUGAUUCACAUGGAGUUAAUUUUUGGUAUGAGGAUGAUCCCUUAGUUGGCCACCGUUUAUAUCGGGAAAUAAGGAAGGCAGAGGUGGUUAAGGUCAAAACGAAGGGUUCCAAGAUUCUUCCUAACAUAACAUACCAAUGGGAAGCUGUUGCCACUAGUUUCGACGAAUUCCUAGAUGUUUCUGAAAAGCUUAAUUCAAGUAGUAGUAGAAUUGAAGUUUCUCUUGGGAAGAAGCUAACGAGAGAUAUGCUUCCUGAGAUAGAAAAAGAGCACAAGAGGAAAGAAAAAUUGUUGAAAAAGCAACAUAGACAGGCUCUUCUCCUUGAUAACUGUUUGGUUGUUGACGGUCAUGGGGCUGGCCGUUCUCUCCGUGAUAGGAAACCAGUUAGUUACACUUUUGAUGAUUACGAUCAGUCGAUAAAUGAAGCUAUCAAGACAACAAAGAUGAAACAUCCAUCACAAGAACCUUUUCUUCAGAGAAGAGAAUCAGCCAGAUUGGACUCUCUUGAGAAUGGCAGAUCGACAAGUUCAACCCACCCUACUGAGCCUGUGAACGAUACAGAUGCAUCUGCCAGAUCUUCUGAUUUUGCUGACUACGAUGAGUUCCAAGAGCAGAGAGAUGAAUCCUUGGACAGAAGUAACAGGCGUAGACAACGGUCCCAGCGGUAUGCAGCUACGGACUUUGUUGAAACUGUUUCAGACAAUGAUGUAGGGUUUGAAAGCGAUGAUGACAUUGAUGGGGAAGCAGUUUAUGAUGAAGAAUAUAUGAAGAAGCGUAAACAGAAGAAAUUUUCUAGUGGUUCUGAGGGAGAGGAAGAGGGAGAUAAAGGAGAUGAAGAGUACAAAUGGGAUGAAGACAAUGCUGCGUACGAGGAAGAAGAAGAAGAGGAGGAGGAAGAGGAAGAUUCUCUAAGUGAUAGCGAAGAAGAUAGUGAUGAACCGAGAAGGGCUAAGAAAAUGACACGUAGAGAAACUAAGUCAAGAUCAAGGUCAAAGAAUUUCCGACCAGGCCUGAGACGUAGUAAAAGAGCCACAAGAAUCGAUUACCAACAAUAUGAGCUCUCAGAAUCAGACAAAGAAGCGUCAGGAGCGGUAAAACGUAAGCGAUUGGUUGAGCCAGAUGAACAUUCUGAUGAAUCAGGGAAUGGGGAUUUCACUAUGGGAAGUGAGGACUCUGAAGAAAAUGCAAAUGGCCCUGAAACAAAAUCUUCUGAAGAAGAAGUAGGAGAAGAAGAAAAGCCCAGAGAGGUCAAUGACUAUGCCGAGACGACAAACGGUACCGAGAAUAAUCAACUUAGCAAAUCAAACGGCACAGACCAAGAAGAAGAAGCUGAGGGUGUAGUAGGCAAAAGGCGUUUCCUCGACCUAAACGAGCUUGCUCCUGUAUCUGGUUUUGAUGAUGGUCCAAGUACUACUGUCUUGAAGGAAGAUGAUAAGGCAGACAAUUCAUAA